GUUCGGUUUUGCAGCGUCGGUCAAGAUGUUGCCGCGAAAAUUGCUAAUUUCGUUUUUAAUCGGUUUUAUAUACUGUAUAUCUGAUGCCAACAGCCCCAUCUUCUUUAAUGAAGAAAAAAAGGAGUGAAGAUUUAUAAUCCGCAUUAUAAAGCAUGGCUAAGGAAAUACAUAUAACUCUGUUGAAGGUGGAAGACCUGCACCAUGUGUGGUACAGGGAAGCUGCCAGCAUCAGCUGCUCUGAGGAAGUGAAGAAAUACCAUGAGAUGAUGGAGAAACUCAAUGAAUUGAUGGACGAUGAUCAGGCCAUUACCCACAAAGUUCACCACCCAGCUAUAGGACAGUUCUAUGCUGGCAGGGAUGUGAAGGAAAGAAGAUGGUUCAGAGUCAAGAUAAAGAAUUUAAUGCUUGCUACCAAAAAUGGACCUACAGCAAGUUGCUUCCGUGUGGACUUUGCAGAUACAGUAAUGAUUCAGUUUUCAAACCUGAGGAUUCUCCCAGAAGAAUAUGGUAUCAAAAAUAUACCUAAACAAGCCAAAGAGAUGGCUUUCUAUGGCUUGCAGCCUCUGACUUUAGUCACAGAUCUUAUAGAAAUGAAUACCACACCAAAGCCCUGUUUUAAGUGGAGUGUGUCUGCUGUAGAGCACGUCAGACGUAAAGUCAAAAAUCAUAGCUGUAAAGUCCAAAUAAUGGGUACAGAUCACAAUGGCCGCCAUUACGUUCGCCUUUUCGCCAAGAUGGCGGACAUGGAAUGGAUGUGCAUCAACGAUGACUUAGUUGAAUUAGGAUAUGCUGUGUUUUCACACCAAGUUGCAGAACAAGAAAAAGCAGGUUCCACCUCGCCCUAUACCACAGAGACAAGAUCAAAGCCCAGCUCAAAGUCUCGUACUCUGGAUGACUUUUUGGGAGAGGAAAAGGAGAAGGAGGAGAUUCGACAGAAACAGAGGCAGCAAUACCUGGCAGACUACCCACAGUCUUCCCACUCCCCCUCACUCCCUACCUUCAUCAGUGAUGAAAACAGCAGCGAUGGCGAGAUGGAGGCUAUUAGAAGACAAAUACAGUCACUAGAGGGCAGCAAGGGUAGUGAUAACAUAAAUACAACUUCACAGCCGGUUGUGACUGGUGGAGGAGAUGGCAUUGACCAAAACACAAACCUGCACCAAAAACCACUUGUGAGACCAGGUGGUGACAGUUACGAAAGUGAUUCUGCUGUUAAACAAAGAAUCACAAGAUUGCCAUACCAAUCAGAGGCACAACCAAAUAUGAUUGGCCAAGGCAGUGGAAGGUCAAGGUUAGGUGCUCAAAGGGGGUCACCGAGUACUGAUACACCUCAGGAACUCUUUGGGACUAAUGUUGCAUCCAGUAUGGUGCAAAGUGAAAAAUCAUGUACCAGUCAUCAAUUACGAACAGGGCAAACAUUUGAGCAUUCAAUAUCAAAUCCAGUGUCAGGACCAACAGAUGUAUUGUCUCAACAGGUCACUGAUUCACACGGAAAGUCAUCCACAAGAACCAGUAUUCCUAAUCCCCAAAGUCAUGUUCCACUUAGUGGAUCAUCUCUCCUUUCUACACUAAAAAAGCUCAGUCCAUCAAAAAGUAACGUAGUUGAGACCACGAGUGUCAACAGUCCUGGAGAAAUGCACCCAGACCCUUCAUUGUCGACAGAUCUGGAAAGUCCAAAAUCAGUUUUAUCUUUCGAGGCUGACAGCAGGAAAGCAGAAACACACGCAAAGCCUAAGAUGCCAUCUUUGCUGUCAGCUUUGAAAAGUCAGACUGCAAGACAGCAGGUGUCUGGUAUUUCUCAUGCCCAACCCAGUGCCUGUAACAGUUCUGAAUUGAGCUCAGGGUCUCCUGCUGUAUUGGGUAGAGUAGUAGAGCAAGCCAAUGGAAACAGUGCUGCCAUGGUGAUGAACAAGGUUGAGCUGGUCCCACAGCAGGAUUUAACUGCUUCACAUAAUUCUCCAGUAUUAGGUGCAGAAAAGGAGACAUUUUCAACCAGAAUAUCUCCAGACAAAGUGCCCUCUAAUAUGCAAAGAAGCGAGCCAUCUAUUAUGGUAUUGAGUAAACCCCCACAAAAGCCCAUGGGAAGAGCCUCCAUGUUGAUAAAUUCUCUCAUCAUGGUGAAUUCUCCUAAAGUUGGUCUCUCUGUUAGAGAUAUGGAUGCCACUGUGAGCCCCGAUGGUAAGAGGACUAGUCUUGUAAAAGUUUCAUCAAGUGAUGUUCACAAGACGGUAUUCAAACAACCCUCUUGCUCUGCAGUGGCAGACUGUGAAACAAGCAGUCAAACUGAAAAACAACAAGAACAAUCUGAAGAUAAUUUGUUGUCUCCUUUCACUCAAUUGGCAGAGAAGCCUGACCCUGAUGGUCUACAACCAGAAGAACAGGCAGUCAUGGAGGAACAGCUGACAAAAACAGAGGAGCAGGUAUCAGUCGAAGAUAAGACUGAAUCUGAAAUUCCUCAUGAUUUGAUAGAAAGAAGACUGGAAAUAGAGGAUGAAAUGCUAAAUCAACCAGGCUCAUCUGACUCUUCUUCAGCAUCAUCUCGGUCAAGCAGAAAAGGAAAAGGGAACAUCAGUUGGGCAGAAAAACCAAUAAUACAUACUUUACCUGACACACCAUUGGUAUCACAAUUCCCUUCAGAGGUCUACAGAGUAUACAGAUCUGUUGCCCUGGAAACUGUUUCUACAGAAACUGCCCAAGAUGGCCAAUCAAGACAGGCUCAAUUAUCCACACAGUCACCUAUUACACAGACACAGGUAGCAGCACAGUCUGUAGGUGGCAGUGGUGCUAUAUCAAAGAGACCCACCACUGCCCGCCUGCCUGGUGUGGCGCUACAGAAACAGAAAAAGGAAUCUCAAAGUCCUGAUAUUUUGAACACACCUUCCCCACCUCAAAUACCAGGGUCUAGUGGUAAACCCUUGAAGUCGAUCCUGAAGAAGAGGGAUUCUAGUGUCUACUUCUCAGACCAAGAAUCCAGUCCACUGAAUCUCCCUGGUGAUGUGGUGCCCUCCCCCAGGUAUUCUUCCUCUGAUUCUGAGACACUUGGUAACCCUGGAGAACAGGGGACACCAGAAAGGAGAAUCCUAGACGAAGACCUUUUUAGCUUUUUUCAUGGACAACAUUUUGGAUCUCCCAUGCUAACACAGCAGGCUCGAGGACUUCCACAGAAGGACAUCAGUGAACAUGGGGUGCUGGUGGACGGGGAGAGACCCUCGCCACCAUGUUUGUCUGUGACCGAUGCAAACUUUGAUGAUCUUGUCAACAGGGGUUUAUAUGACAGAAAGUUUGGCGCCCCAAUCCUGGUUCAAGCUUACAUAUGGCGACCCAUGAUGCGGGCCCGUCAUGUUGUAGCAGUGUCUCCCCCUAGAAGUGGUAAAACACUGGCGUACUUGUUGCCUGUGAUAUCACAUAUACUGCAGCGGGACACAUACAAAGAUGUGCCUGCAGGGAAUGGGCCCCUAGCCCUCAUAGUGACCCCGUCCUGGAAGAAGGCACAGCAAGUAUUUGACUGGUGUUAUGACUUCCUUGGUGGCCGUCCUGACGCCAAGACGCUGAUUAUAUAUGGGGGCGGUUCAGAAGAGGACCAGUAUAUCCCACUGCUCAAUGGUUGUAAGAUACUGGUGGCUACCCCCUACUGCCUCCUCAGGAUGAUAGAGAAGGGCUACACCAACCUCAACAGACUGUGUCACCUUGUCAUGGAUGAUGCUGAUGUCCUCACAGAGGACUUCACUGACCAAGUCUGUCAGUUGAUGACUGGCUACACACAAGUCCUAAGGACAGUGGAGUCCAGCUCACGUCCACAGCAGAUAGUUAUGGUGGGCAGCCAGUGGACACCAGGGAUGGCUUCCUUCAAGGACACCUACAUGGUGGAUCCCCUGGUCAUCAUAACCUCCAAACUGGAGGCAUCCAUUUAUGCUGGAGUAAAGCAGAGUGUGUACAUGUGUGUAGCUGCUCAGAGAGACCAACAGUUGCUUGGUAUCCUCAACACAUUUGUUCUGCAGGACAAGAAAGCCAUCAUCUUCACCAACUCUACCAGAGAUGCCAUAGAUCUCUCCCAGGUCCUGAAAAGCCAGAGCAUGUAUGUGUUAGUAGCUCACAAAGAGCUGUUGUCAGAUCAACUGGAGGAUAUUCAGAAAGAUUGGAAUAUUGACCACAGAGAGGGGUCCAAACCCGUGUUAAUCCUAACAGAUGAGUGCAUCAAGGAGCUUAAGCUGGCCAAUGCCACAUGUAUCAUCCACUUCUCCCUCCCUGACACCAAGAAGGCUUUUGUGAACAGAUAUGGAUGCAUGCUGGAAAACUUCAAGAGGAGUCAACAGGAGGAACAGAUUGUCCUCACCUCCUAUAUCAUCAUCACAGAUCAGUGUACAGAACAAGCUCAAACUGUAUUACAGCUUCUACUUAGAACUAAGUCUUAUGUGCCAAAGAAACUGCAGACCAUGGUAGAGGAUGUCAAAAAGGCCAAAGAAGAAGAAAAGUCAAAACCACUGUGCCAUUACUUGAAAUCAUUUGGAGUUUGCCGAGAGCCCCAGAGGUGUGAGCACCGCCAUGUUGUAGUGAAGGAGCAAGAUACGCCUGGCAUCUCGAAGCACCAUAUCAGUCUGCCCACAUCCGGGGAAGUCAAGGUCCUUGUUACCCAUGUCAUUGACAGUGCAUCAUGUUUCUAUGUGCGUCUCCAAGAGCUCCGCAGUGAGACAGAGGACAGUUUCAAAGCAAUGGCCGCCGCCUACGUACAACUGGUGUUGGACAUGAACAUGUGGUUUCAAGUUAAGGAUAAUCAAAUUAUUCAAGAUGAAAUUUGUGAGGGAACAGUAUGUGCUGUACAAGACAGUCAAAAAUGCUACCACAGGUAA